AUGGACCGUUUAUUCUAUGGACGAUGGACAUGCUCUCUGGUAAACUUUUUGCACUUUAACAUGCUGGCCGACGCUGGUGCCUUCUAUGGAGUUCAUGCAUGGCAUUGGUACAUAACUGAGGGUCUCCCAGUCUUACUGAGCGGCCAACUUCCAUUCUUCCUAGCUGGGCUUGGCUUGGCUUGUUGGCAUUGCCUGUCUUGGGCGGCAUCUAUUCAGACAAUUCCUUCUAACAUUGAUGAUUCCCUGUGCCACUUGAAACAGCAAUAUCAUCAUCAUAACAUUGAUGAGAAGUCGAUCAGAAGUCGUUUGGCGACCGUGCGACCUGAGAAUUUG